AAUAGGGCGAGGCAAAUGACGUAGAUAUUAAAGCCAGGUAUGUAAUAUGGGUAAUUGCUUUUGCUCCUUUGGCUCCAUAACUGGACGGUAUUGAUAGUCGGUCUUAUUGGUAUUUUGAGAAGUUUCUUGGACAGUUUUUUUUACACGAAUACAAAUUGCUUGUUGAAUAUGCAGCGGAUUGCACCUUCAUCGAUGAGGACCAGACGGGGUCGAAGAUACAGUCCCUAUCACGAAGGAAAAAGAGGUGAUCAGAGGGACCCUUCACUUGAUAUGAUUAUCUCAGAUCUGCAUCCACAUACCAUAGUUAAGGAGCCUGGUUUCAUCCAUUUCUUUAAGUCUAUCAGUAAAGGGCAAAAUCCACCAAAAUCUGAUGUUAUACUCUCAAAACUUCAAAUUUUGUUUCUCAAAACAACACAAAUUGUGCAAAAAGGUUUAGAAAGUGUAGAUAAUGUUGCAUUGUCAUCUGAAGUGUGGAAUACCACAACAAACAAAACCUAUAUGACAACUACCUGUCACCUGAUUGAUAACAAAUGGACUUGGCAGUCUUAUGUUUUGGAAACCAAACCUCUACCUGAAGAAUAUAAACCCAGUCAUUUUGUUGGGCAGCUUCUAAAAAUAGCAGGUAAAUGGGGAAUUGGAAGCAAAAUUAAAGUGGUAAUCACAAAUGUAGAUGGAAUGAGGAGAGACAUCAAAAAGGCAGGAUGGGAUCUCAUUCCCUGUUUCGCCAACACACUGGAUGUGGUCUUCAAGGAGACACUUGAGGCAUCUUCUGGCUGGAAAGGGCUAGUGCAAAGAUGUCGUGAAAUAUCUGAGUAUUUUUCUCAUGUAGAAGCACAAGGUCAACUCAAGAAAGCGCAAAAAAAGAUGGGGUUACAGCAACAUAAUCUGGCUGAGUCCAAGGGUGAUAAAUGGCUUUCUACGCUGAACAUGCUCGAAAGAAUCUCAAAGCAGCAUCGAGCUGUACAUGAAGUGCUUCUUGAAUUUAAUGUUGACUUGUUGUUAAGUGAGCAUGAAGUUAAAAACAUAAUGAAAACAGCAUCAUCCCUUAAGGCAAUCCAGGACAUCGUAUCACCAUCAAAGCGAUACCACUCACUGUCAAACAUUAUACCACAGGUGGAGGCCAUUAGGAAGAAACUCCUGGAGUUGCAACAAGACGGAAAUGAGUUUGCAAAGGAAUUAGCACAACAUUUUAAUCAUCACUUCAGUAAAGCCAAAGAAAAUGACUGGCUGACACUGAGCACUGCGCUUGACCUGAGAUACAGAGACAUCGCUCUCUCUGAGAAGGGUACUUCUGCUCGCAUUAAGAAAACGAUCAUUGCCGAAAUGAAACACCUGGACAAGGAGACUCGAGAGAGAAACUUUAGACAGCCAGACGAUUUUGGUGAAGUUCUGAAGAGAUACUUGGAAAAGGAAAUGUUACAGAGCAAUUGGGAUCCUCAUGCAUUCUGGAAAUUUCCAAAAGACAAAGACUGGUACCUGAGUGAAGUUGCACGCAAAUACCUGGCUGUUGUGUCUACUGCAGGACCGGCUGACAUUGCCUUUAACAUGGAGAAAGCCAGACUCGUGGCCAGUCGAAGAAGUAGCUUGGAUCCGGAACAUCUAAAUAUGAUGCUGUUUCUAAAUGGCAACCGUUUCCUUCUCCCUUAACUCUAUUUAACUCUCUUAAUGGAGGGCAAAAUCAUCAUAGCCUGUUAGUCAUGAAAGAUGAACAUUUUUAAAACAUUAACUAAUAUGUUGUUAGCAUUAUAAAAAAUAAUACUGAUAGUUGAUAGUUUUUGAUCAAGGGAUUUUUUAUUUUUUAUUAAGGAACAAUCUAUUUAGACAUUUUAAUCAUCAUUAAAGAGUAAAAAAAAUUACAAUACUAUUCCUUAUCAUCUGACUGCUGUAAUGUAAAUAAAAAAGUUGCAUUAAAAAUAAACAAAACUCACAAUGCUCUUUUUUCUUAAAGGUGAAUAAGCUUAUAUUUCAAAAUAUUAGCUAUUGAUACUCAGUCACCUUUAGCUGAACUUGUAAAAUGAGGGUUGACCACAAGAUGGCAGUAGGAACACAGUUAUACUGUAAUAAACCUAGAUUAACGUUAGCAUUUAUCAUAAUAUUUUAACAUUCCAGGCAGUAAUAUAAUAUUAAGUAAUAUAUAAUAUCAUUUACAAUAUAAUAGUUUUCAGAUAAUCUAUCAAUGCACUUGAUGUCAUCUCAUGGUGUGCUUACCACAUAGCUCAUUUUCACCUUGAAUCUGCUUCCCCCAUUGUAUUUCCAUGCAAAUCCAAACUGAUAAUGUGUUCAUUUCAGUUUGGAAGAGUUAGGGCCAGAUUUACUAACAGCUUGCACCAGCGCAAACCCUCUUUUGGCGUUAGAAAAAAAUACUGUCAGGAUUUACUAAAUAAACACAGUUAAAGGGUUAGUUCACCCAAAAAUGAAAUUUCUGUCAUUAAUUACUCAACCUCUUGUCGUUACAAACCCGUAAGUUCUUCGUUUAUCUUCGGAACACAAAUUAAGAUAUUUUUGAUGAAAUCCGAGAGGUAUGUGACUCGUCCAUAGACAGUAAUAUAAGCAACACUUUCAAGGUCCAGAAAGGUACUAAAGACAUCGUUAAAACAGUUGACGUGACUGCAGUGGUUCAACCUUAAUGUUAUGAAGUGACGAGAAUACUUUUUGUGCACAAAAACAAAAUAAAAAUAACGACUUUAUUCAACCUCUUCUUUUCCUUCCUGUCAUUAUCCUUACGCAUUUGCCACAGUAAGCACCGUGAAGGCUUCCAUGUGUACGUCGGAAUACUGUUGGCUCACUAUUGGCCAAAGCCGUACAAAUGAGCACCACUACACAUGCGUGUGAUGCUGACGCAGGAGCCGGCCAAUAAUGAGUCGACAUUCUGAUGUAGAACCUGGAAGUGCUGAACGGAAACAACGUGAGAAUGACACAGAAGAGAAGAUAUUGUUGAAUAAAGUCAUUAUUUUUGUUUUGUUUUUGUGCAAAAAUGUAUUCCCGUGGCUUCAUAAAAUUAAGGUUGAACCACUGCAGUCACGUCAACUAUUUUAACGAUGUCUUUUGUAUUUUCUGGACCUUGAAAGUGGUGGUUAUAUUGCUGUCUAUGGAUGAGUCAUAUACCUCUCUGAUUUCAUCAAAAGUAUUUAAAUGAAUCAUGCAAGGAAUCAUGAAUCAUUUUAAAUGCCCAAAAAGCAUGUCUUAAACCAGACGCUAAUUUGCCCUGUUUAGUAAAUCUGGCCCUUAGAGUAGGCCUACCUACUAAAUGAAUGACACACUUGUAGAGGUGUCUCUCCAUUUUAAUGAAGUUUUUUUUUUUUUUAAGGUCCACCACCUAUCAAGAGGAAUUUACUUUUUGAAAUAUAAUAUUUGAUUAUGGAAUUUAAUCUGUCAGAUCUGUUUCAUCAGCAUAAACAGUGUGUAGUGGUAGAUUUCCCUGAGUCAACAUACUAGAAUAGCUGUGAUACAGUAGUUUUUAGCCUGAGGAUGGUUAUUAGGCAUGUAAAUCUGCACAACACUGGAUAACUACAACAUGAACAAACUUGCUGAGGUAUUUUGUUUUACUCUUAAAUAAUGAUUCACAUUGACACUCAUGAACAUCAGUACAAAUUAUGGCGUUCUAGUGAAGUUUAUCAGCUUUCUCUUUUAUUGAAAAAUAGAACUGUUAUUUUGCAAGGGAAAGUGAGGCAGGUCAUAUAUAUAUAUAUAUAUAUAUAUAUAUUAUUUCAGUACAGAAUGAUACAGACAUUAAGUGAAAAAAAAAAAAAAUAAAAGAGCAAAUACUUGAAAAUUAAAGAGAUUGUUUACUUUAAGAGAGAUAGUAUACUUUAGUGUUUGUCAACUGUUUUCUAAAGGAACUGUAGGAAGGUGCUGUGAUACAACUGUGCUCAUAGUAAUCAAGCAAAGAAACUAUAGUAACCUCUACGCCAUUGUAUAUGUAUACUGUUGUCUCUCUAAGCAUAGAAAUAGUAUUAAUGGCCUGAAAGAAAACUACUCAAACUGUAGAGGGAGCCCUGGUGCUCUCAAAACCUGUUACAGUCCAGCAUUCCAGCUCAAUUUCAGUCUCACAAAUCCAAUCCCGCACAUCUGGUCAUCUUCAAAAACUUUGUGUGCAGCGUGAUAACUCCAAGACCACUUCCUUAACCCAUAAAAUAAACAAAAAUUAAAGGGCAACAAAAGAAAGGAAAAGAAAAAAUUGGCACGUUUGAUUAUCCUCCAUUUGUGCUCGCAGAAAAAAAUGGCAUAAUGCAGCUUUUCAACCAGAUAUAAGGCAACACAAGUCCCUCGUACCCCUUUAAUAAAGCCCUUUACCAAACCAUUCUAUACACAGAAAACACCUCAGGAAACAGAGUCCGCAUUACAAACAUCCCUCAGUUUCUUUUUCAGAGUUCUUAUUAAUCGUACCUUGUUCCUCUGUACAGACAUGCUGAUUUCACAAACCAAUGAAAAACAGAUGAGCAAGCAAAUAAUGCAGUUGUGGUCUUAAGAGUGUUAAAGCUGAUGCAAAACAUAACAGAUCACAAAGUGAAGGUAAAAGGCCACAGAAAUCUGUACAAUAAUUCUAUAUCACAGAAACUAACUGUUUAUGAAUAUAACCAAUUCUACAAAAUGGUGUUCUCUUCAGCUUCUAGUGUGCUUAUAAUGUCAGAUUACAGGGCCAGCACUGUUGACUAAACAAUAAGGUCAAUUAAAAAACUCAAAUAUACAUUAAAUGAAUAACUAAACAUGAUGUACAUAUAUCAAAAGUGGAACACUGUUAAAUUAUCUCCCCAAAAUAUAAGUGUGAUAGAAAAAAAAACAAAAAAUUUCAAAGUGCACAAUGAACAGUUAAUACUUGCUGGGAUACCAGGAUGUUAACCAAUGGCAAUUAUUUGAUGUUUUCUGUGGUAAACCAGGGCCUAUAGUGUUAAGUAUCUUGUCA